ACCCUUGUAUUGUCUUCAGAUUCUACUAAUGACAACCCAAGUUGAGGAGAGGUUCACUGAGUUUUUCGAGACGUGGGUUUGUCAGCUUGAGCAACUCCAACACCAGCUGCUCAAGUUGUCCCAGGAGAAGUCGACACUGCAGCCUCAUAAUGAGGCAGAGCUCCAAGCUUUGGUGUCGAGGGUCACAAACUUGCACAAAGAAUACUACACUGCAAAAUGGGCUGCUGCUCAUCAAGACGUGCUAGCCUUCUUCUGCCCUGUCUGGUCCAGCCCUUUGGAGAAUGCCUAUUCAUGGCUGACAGGUUGGAAGCCCUCAAUGUUGUUCAAGCUAAUGCGAAAGGCUCGGCUGCAGAACUUGUCCGAGCAGCAGCUGAGGAAGAUCGAGGAACUGAGGCUGAAGAUACGGUACGAGGAGGAGAGGGUGGAGAGGGAGAUGGAGAGGCAGCAGGUGGCCAUGGCGGACCGGAAGAUGGUGGAGCUGGCGAGGCUGGCCACCCGGGUCAGGAACGGCGGCGGGGCGGUGGUUGAGGUCGAAGGGAUGGUGGAUAUGGCAAUGAAGGUGAUACUGAAUGGGUUGGAGAGAGUCAUGAAGGCUGCAGAUUGUGUGAGGCUCAAGGCAUUGAAGGGUUUGUUGGAUUUGCUGAGUCCAUUGCAGUGUGUGGAGUUUUUGGCUGCUACUGGCAUGGUUCAGAUUAGGCUAAGUCAAUGGGGAAGGAAAAGGAGCAACGUUCUGAUUGACCUAAACUAAAUAUUUGAAGGACUAGCUAGCUAGUUUUGUAGUGUGGGUGGUUGUCUACCUUGGUAUGUGUUUUUCACAAUUUUGAACAAGACAAUACAUGACCCACAUAGGCUCAAACUUAUUCAAAUUUAAUUCAGUGCUUAUUGUAUGAUUUCUUUUGGGUGUUUUGGCUAUGUAUAAUGCAGACCAACAGUAGCUUGAGCUUGAACUAGUACAUAUCUACCGAAG